AAUACAAUACUUGAUGUCAUCAUGGCCGUCAAAGUGAAAUUGUUUUUAAACACUUUUUAUUUCCCUCCAUUGCUUCAGCCUAGAACGCAGUCAUUCCCGCCACCACCGAAUUUCUCUCAAACAAACAAAAACCCUACCAACGAGUUUUCAUUUUCCCCAAAAUUCGAACCAAACCAGAACCCUAAACAAUGUGUUCAUGGCAAAUCCUCUCCCACUCUCCAAACAAUUUCCACUGGCAAAUUACCGAACAAAUUUCCCAUGCUUCUCCCACUCCUCUCCCCUCUCCCAUUCCCCUCCCUUCCAUGGCCGAUCUUCUUCUCCAAGGCUCACCCGCUCUUCUUCCUUCCCACGACGCCGGUGCGCGAGGUGAAGAGCGUGCAAUGGAUGAAACCCUCAGCUUCUCGAAUUCGCUUUUUACGACAGGCUCUGGGAAAAAAGUGACCAUAUCUUCUAGAGGUCUGGUUCGAGCAAAGACAUUGCUGGAUACCAUUGAUAUUAAUAUCCAAAGUACAUGUAAAUUGUUUGCAUUUGGCGAAACAGCCGCAAAGCAACAACUACAAGUAUAUGAAGAAUCACCUGAAUCGAAGCUGCAUACAGUUAUCAACAGUCCUUCUGUUGGUGUUCUUCAUGCAUUAAAUAAUGGUUUUGAGGAAAGGAAUUCAUUCAAGCAAGCUCCGAUUAAAUUUCGCACUGCCGGUGGAAGAUCUAUAUCCAUUUCGAGUGGCGCGCUGCAGCGAGCUCGGAGCCUUCUCGGUGAUCCGGAUGUCGGAGAUUUGUUUGAAGGAGGGGAUGCCAGUGAUUCAGUCUUCUCAUUUCCUUUGAAGCCGCAAACCGACGCUGCUGCUCCUAGUGAUUAUAGUACUCAUGUGGUUCACCGGGUGGCAUCAGAUAGCAAUUUUAAGACGAAGAGUUUUACUUUCCCCAUAAAGUCUUCUAGGCAAAGAGGAUUGUCAACCAAGUUUCCUUGUGAAGGUGAUGGGAUUAACUUGACCAAGAAGUUUGAUGCUGUUGGGGAAGAGAGUGAUUGCGGCAGGAAAAGUACCGAUGCUUCAUUGAAUUGUUUUUCUUCAAAAGAAGAUACACCGGGUGUGGCAAUACGCAGGGCAUUGGCUGAUGUUUCAAAUACCAUUAACACGGAUACAACAAACAAUAGGCAAGCUGCUAGUGGAAAACGGAGACUAGGGUUGUCUGUAACUGUUUCUCCCUUUAAAAAGCCACGCAGUUCCAACUCUCCGGCUCCUUUAGAGGAGGAUGUUGGAAAAUCUCCUCAUGAUUUGUCUCAAUUGUCCUCUGAUAUCUCGGAAUGCAAAGGAGAGGUUUCUACCCGAUAUCCAUUUCACUAUCCAAGGGUGUACAUCAAGGAUUAUUUUGUUGGGCCUCCAAUGGAAAAGAGAGUGUGUUUUCCCAACCUGAGUAGACAGGUGACAUCAGUUAAUGCGGAAAAGUACGUGUUUCAUAAAGGAUCUGGUGAUAAUGGCAUAGGAGCAGAAGCUUUUGUUCAUCUAUUGGCUCUCCAUGGAGCUUCCAUGCAUUUUGCAACUAAAGAGUGGGUUAGAAAUCAUUACAAGUGGAUUGUCUGGAAAUUGGCAUGCUAUGAGAGAUACUACCCAGCUGGUUCAGCUGGAAAAUUUUUUACUGUAUCGAAUGUGCUUGAGGAACUGAAGUACAGAUAUGAAAGAGAAGUGAAUCAUGGCCACCGGUCUACCAUCAAGAAAAUUCUCGAAGGGGAUGCGUUGUCUUCAUCAAUGAUGAUUCUAUGCAUUUCAAAUAUUCAUUCUAGUAAUAUAGUAGAAAGUGGGACUUGUUUUGAGACAAAAUCUGGGGCUCAGAAAACAGAAGCGGUGAAAAUUGAACUAACUGAUGGAUGGUAUUCAAUGAAUGCUAUUUUAGAUGUCCCAUUGUCAAAGCAACAUGCUGCUGGAAGAUUGUUUGUGGGACAGAAGCUCCGACUCUCAGGAGCAGGAUUAUGUGGCUGGAAUGGGCCAGUUUCACCCCUUGAGGUGUCGUCAACAGUUAGUUUAUUGCUGCACAUAAAUGGAACGUAUAGAGCUCACUGGGCAGAACGGUUAGGAUUCUGUAACGUUGCCGGUCCUCCUUUGGCUUUUAAUUGCAUAAAAGGAAAUGGUGGUCUAAUACCCCAAACAUUGGCUGGAAUUACUCGCAUAUAUCCCAUUCUUUACAAGGAAAGGUUAAGCAGUGGACGGUCUGUUGUCAUGUCAGAGAAGAUGGAGAAUAAAAUGACAGAGUUGUACAAUCAGAGACGCUCUGCUGUUGUAGAUGGCAUCAUUUCUGAGUAUCAGAAGGAAAGUUCGUACCUUAAUUAUGACAGUGAGAGUGAAGGUGCUAAGAUUUAUAACAUGCUCGAGACAGCGGAAGAACCUGAAUUCCUAAUGGCAGAUAUGAGUGCAGAGCAGCUUAAUUCUUUUGCUGCGUAUAAGGCCAAACUAAAUGCAAUCAGACAGUCAGAAAAGGAAAAAUCAAUAGAAAAAGCUUUGAAAGAUGCUGGCUUGGGACAUAGAGAAGUCACGCCAUUUAUGAAGUUACGAGUAGUUGGCUUAACUUAUAAAACUCGACAAGACAAACCUAAAGAAGGCAUAGUAACAAUCUGGAAUCCCACUGAGAAGCAGGUGAGGUUGCGUCUGGAGUUGGUGGAAGGAGGAGCAUAUUCCAUUGCAGGACUCAUGCCAUCAAGUUCUGAUUUUGAUAUCCUUCACUUGCAUGCUAGAGGAUCUAGUACCAAAUGGUGGCCUUUAUCUUCUAAUGCAAGAGAACAGUUUAGGCCAUUUUUUCGCAGUAGAAAAUCGACCCCGUUAUCAAGUUUGGGUGACAUCCCUGUUUCCGACGAGUUUGACAUUGCUGCGUAUAUUGUGCAUGUGGGAGGAGUUUAUACAUCAAAUCAGCAUCAGAAGCAAUGGGUUUUUGUGACUGAUGGAUCCAUCAUGAAUGGUUUAAAGUCGGAAAAGUUAAUCAACUCCUUGCUUGCUAUCUGCUUUUGCUCUCCAUUGAUUGAUCAUGAUUCAUCAUUUCCACUAAUCAGCUGCAACCUUGCAGGAUCUACGGUUGGUUUUUGUAAUCUUAUAAAAAAGGAAAAGGACCAUACAAACAACAUCUGGGUUGCUGAUGCUAACGAAAACUCUGCUUAUUAUUUGAAUUUUGAUUCCUCAAACUGUUCUCACCUCAGAAAUGCUGCCAGCUCCAUCAGAAGAUGGGCAGACAAUUCUAGUUUGAUAAUAGAGAAACUGAAGGAAAAGGUGUUGUAUGUGGUUGGUGAUGACUGUAAAGCAUAGGGAAAACAACAGAUGUUCCUAUUUUGCUCUAUUGUUUAUGACAUUCACAUCACUUACUUAAAGGUUAACCUGAUCUUUUAGUUUCUUUUCUUA